UGUCAUUCUGAAAUUAGAGUGACUGAGCAGGAUUUUUUACUAUUAAUAAGUAAUUUCUUGAAAGACUAUUCACAGCUUUUUCUCAACGCAUUUGCACUGGACGAAUCGAAUCCUUUUCCAACAUGGAGCAGUGCAACAUUAUGGACGUCAUGGAGGACAUGGCCUUUGAGUUCACGGUGAACAAGGAAGAGCACCAGCUCUUCAUCCACGACUCACGCAUGCUAUCCUUGGCCAUUCAGCAGCAGUUGCUCCAAGAUGGUGCGGUGUUCAGGAACCAACUGGGACAGCUCCACAAAACAGCCUCCUAUGUGAACAACCUGUGCCUGGACAUGCCGCUGAACUUUGAGAUCUUUCUGCCCAUCCGACUGCCGGAGGCAGUGGUUCCCACCUACGAUGAGCAGAAGCGCAGUGUGCAGUUCACCAGAGCCAACUACCAGCACCCGUUCUUCUUCGGCAAUGCGGUGAAUGUAAAGUGCUUGAACCUGCUGCUCCAGCGGGAACUGCAGCGGGCCAUUUCCAAGCUGAAGAGUGCCUCAUCCACGUGCACUGGGCGGAUCUACGACCUCAAGUACUCGGUGCUGAGCCUCAACCACGUGCCCUUCGUCCACCAAGUGGUGGCCCUGGAGCGGGGCAGCAAUGGGCAGCGUUUCAUCCGUUUCGACUUCGUUCUGGCCGUGGAGUUCAAUGGCGCAGAUAUGACACUGCCGCCAUACUUCAAGGCGCCGCUCAGCAAUCGAUGGCUUGCGUACGGCAGGAUGACUGUGGACGAGGAUCCCAAUCCGGCGGAGUGGGCUGUGCUGGUGCCGAAGUGGCAGGACUCGUCGCCCGGUGCCUGCCUCAUUGCCCUCAACAGCAUGGUCAUGCUGUUCCGCCUGAUGAGCGCCCAGCAGUGCUACUGCUUCGCCCUGCCCGCCUCCAUCAAGUUCGCCUUCGUCUUGGCCACCGAGGAGCGCGGCCUGGACUUCCAGCGGAUGAGCAUCGCUGAUUUGACAAUCACAACCAUGUUCCACCAGGUGUUUGGCAACCUGUACAAGGCGGUGGCCGGGAACACCAACGGCGACAAGGCCACCAGGAGCAGUCGCCUGAUGGCCAUACGGAAGCAGUUGCUCCGUGCCCGUGGCGUCUACGCAAUGCUGGCGGAUGCCGUGCUGCGCAACUCGAUCCCCAGGGAUUUUGUGAACGCCUACUAUUGGUACAUAGACAUCUCACCGCCGCCGGAAUGUUUCUAUCAGUCGCUGGUCGAAGUCCGGAACACCGAUACCCCGUUGAAGAGGAAGAGGUGGACCUCUCUAAGCGGCAACUGGAGACCGACAAAAGUUUAUGUGAAAAACAGACAAUUAAUUUGUUUUGCAGCGCAAGAGGGACAGCCAGGACAACAGGACUCGGUCGUCCAGGACACAGGACACCAGCGGAGGACCCAACAAUUUCGUGCUUGUUGGCAAAGAAAAUUUACGUGCCAAAGACAAUUGGUAGAUUCAGCUCAGGCAAAGAAGUCGAAUCCGGAGCAACAUCCCGGCACGGUGCAAAUGGUCAAACAUUUUACGCUUUUUGUUUAAUUAAAAUUGCAACAGGCUACGAAGUUCUCAUUGCAGCAACAGGAGGAUGGCGAAGAAAAUGCGAAAGUAAAAACACUGAAACACAUGCUAAAAAUAA